AUGUCGAUGAUGAUGUUUCAGACAACGCCAGCUACUCCUCAUACUGUAGUUAUCAGAGCAAGAAAACUUCCACAACACCUCCCAACACAGACAUGGAAACUUCCAUCAAGUUCUUCGGCAUCUUCAGCAUACCAAAAAAAAAAAGAAGCUCGGUGGCUUGAGGCUUCCGAUUCGCCUAUACCUUCGUGCAAACCUACAGUUAUUCACGUAUCGGUGGGUUGUUGGACCCCGUCUUUCCCGUCGUCGCCUACAUCGUCAUCGCCUCCUCUCACAGUUCGUAUCCGCCAGAAGGGAGAUCAGGAGCACUACAUUGCCGAGGUUGAGGUCGCCAAUAAGCAAGAGCAGGGUGUGAUCGAAUUCAACGUCACUUUUGGCCACGCCUCCAAUUACAAUCUUUGA